CUGAGAGUUACCAUAUCUUUAUCCGGAUGUGUUCAAAGAUAUGGACUGCGCCACGUUGAACUCCAAGGCGCUCCUUCCAGCGCUUGCGGCGGCCACUGCGGUUGCGAAAACGUUGUUAGGACCAUGUCGCAGUCGAAAGCAGAUAUCAGGGGGUGGCAACGACGAGGACGGCACGACGACGAUGUUCACGGCCAACAUCGUCACUGUCGUGCGCAGCCUCCAUGUGGAGCAUCCGAUCUUUGCCAUGUUGCUCAAGACAGUCGAUACUCACAUGACUCACUUUGGCACAGGAGCGACUACCCUCGUGACGCUGGUGCACGUCUUGACGCAUGCUGCCAUGGACUUGACGCACUUACCCCCACUGCACAUAACCCGAGGAUUCAAUCGUGCAUUGGCCCAGUGUGUCCACGUCCUUACCCGCAUGCAAGUGAACGUGCACGAGUGGCUGCGGGAAACAAGUCGGCACCAUGUCAGACCUCCGCCUUCUGCGCUCACCCUUCUUGGGUCGGCACUCUCGUCCUCGCACCCAGACCGCGCCAUUGCCAUGACCACAGCUGUGGAAAUCGCAUCUUCCUUGCGGUCAUUCGACACAACCUGGCCUCAUCACGUGCAUUUCCAAGUCGCCGUCACAGGCGGCGUGGCUACGUCCAGUAUCUAUCGAGGUCUCUUGGUAGACUUGUCCGAACUCUGCGACGACGUUCAGUGGCCGCCACACCCAACCCACUUCUCGUUUUCCAGCCACCAAGUGGUUCUCGUGCAAGGAGACAUUGCAUUUAGUCUGGCCGCGUGCCGCCAAUUGGAGUCGGCGGCCUUGAUCCUGACCACCGGGGCCAUCUGUGCGCAAACCCUCGACUGGUGCCGCCAUCGCCCCAUUGGACAUGCUAUGUUGUGCGUGCCCUACCAACCGCUAGCUGUGCUUCGUCGCGUAGCCUCGACGUUUGCCGUUCGAGUGUGCGAACGAUUGUGCGAAGCCAUCGUGUUAGUAGCAGUAGUACCGUCCCCUUGUAGUCCUAGCACGGAGGCCAUGUGCAUCCAGGCGACGAUUGAACGGUUACAUUGUCGCACAUUCUUGCAGCUGCAGCACCACACAACGACGCCGCCCCCCUCCUGCUCCCCCUCCCCCCCCCCUUCCUCCACUUUAUCUACCACCCCCCUGACGGUGUUAGUUACUGGUAUGAGCAGGGCUACUGCCGACGACGCCACCGCAAACAUCACCAACGCUUUGCAUCGUCUGGCACAUGCUGUGGAGGACGAGGUCGUGCUGCCUGGCGGCGGCGCCUCGAUGGCCGCCUGUGCGUCUGCCCUCCGACGACGUCCUAUUCCAUCCCAAGACGAGGAGAUAGAAGACGAUUCGUCGAUGAUGGAACGCAUCCAGGUCAUCCACCGAUUUGGCGAUGCUCUGGACGAGUGGUGUGCGCUGGUGCUCGGCAACGCCCCCGAACACGGCGGGGGAAAUGAUUUCCUGGACAUUCAAACCAAACUCGGCGACAUUCAAACUGCAUUUGACCAAGGCAACGUCGAACCCAAGUUCCUGGAAACCACCUACUAUGGGGCGGCCCUCACGCCCCUCGUACCCCCCCGCGGAACGUUCAAAUUCGAUGGCUUCCGCUCCACCAAAGCUGCAUUGACCAGCGCCGUCCGAGUCGUGACCCUUGCGACCAACGUCGGCGUCGUGCUUAUCAACCAGUCAUAACAAUACUACCAACUUACAGCCACGAACGACGUUAUACACAGUACUCGAUCCGGUUAGUUUGGACAUGCUUUUCCAAGGAUGAUAAAAAUGUGGUAGUACAUAUUGAAAAUUCGC